CGCGUGCCUCCUGGGCUCCUGCUGGCCCACGGGCAGCCCCAGUGUGGCCACGCAGCAGUGACUGAGACCAUAGGACCUCCUUCCCCUCCCUCCCCCUUCCCCCAUCAACCCCGGUGACAGACCGUGUUCUCCAUUUGGAAGUCAAUGACCUGGUCCAUUUAAUCCUCACAAAAACCCUUCAAGAUGGGAUUGCCCCAUUUUACAGAUGGGAAGACUGAGGCCCAGAGACACCAGUUGUCCCCCAGCCAGCCCUGUCUGCCCCGCUGUUAGCUCAACAACACGGCGUCUGGAAGACAUGCCCCUUUGCCAGUUUACAGUCCCCUGUCGCGUUUUGUUACCCUGUAGCUAAAACCCUCUAUGAAACGUGAAGUGGAAAUGUGUACGGCCGGGUCUAGUGGGUUGCCUGGGCCUGCCCACCGUCUCCAUCAGCCUCCGCCCUCUCCCGCCUGGAAGGUUCCAUCCUGCCCACAACCCCCCACCGUUUAUCCCUUUCCCGAAACGAGGCUGAGGAUGCCCUCACGUGCGGAGGAAGGCCUCACACUGAAAUCUUAAGUUGCGCCCAGUAAGUAGAGUUAGACCCAAAUGCUCUGGUUCAUUCAUCGUGGACCUGAAACUCGAGUGCCCCUGCGACUCUGGAGACGUUAGAACGAACUCAGUGGUGAAAUGUCUGCAGCGGCGAUCAAGGCGCGCCUCGAUGCCUCGGCCCUGAAAAGGGGCGGACAGGCUCCGUGUUUAACACCGAGAUCACUUGGCUGCACAGAAACCCGUAGUUCCCCUCCCGCAACCUUAGAAAGCUUCCUAUCUGCUUGUUCCAAUUGACAAGCGGAGACGUUCACGCUGCCAGCUCUGCAGGGGCUUUGUGGGCAAACGCGGUGGAAUGAUGACACCUUCUUCCGUUGCAGUUGACUUAACGUCCUUUGUGACCCACUUUGAAUGGGACAUGGCCAAGUACCCCGCGAAGCAGCCGCUGCCCAGCGUGGUGGACACCCUGGCGAAGCAACUGGCGCAGAUCGAGACGGACCUGAAGGCCCGCACGGCCGCCUACAGCACCCUCAAGGCCACGCUGGACAGCCUGAACCAGAAGGCCAAGGCAAACCUCUUCACGCGGACACUGAGCGACAUCGUGAACAAAGACGACUUUGUGCUGGACUCCGAGUAUCUGGUCACCCUCCUGGUCAUCGUCCCCACACAAAACUACAUACAAUGGCAGAAGACCUACGAAUCCCUCUCGGACAUGGUGGUCCCUCGGUCAACCAAGCUGAUCUUUGAGGACAAGGAGGGCGGCCUCUUCACCGUGACCCUGUUUCGAAAAGUGAUUGACGAUUUCAAAGCCAGAGCCAAAGAGAACAAGUUCACGGUCCGAGAAUUUUACUAUGAUGAGAAAGAGAUCACACGGGAACGGGAAGAGAUGACCAGGUUGCUGUCGGCUAAGAAGCAACAAUAUCAAACUUCCUGUGUUGCUCUUAAAAAGGGAUCCUCCACCUUCCCGGACCACAAGGUUAAGGUAACCCCGCUAGGUAACCCCGAUAGGCCCGCUGCGGGGCACAGCGACAGAGAGAGAGAGAGUGAGGGCGAGAGCGAGGGCCCCCUGCUGCGCUGGCUCAAGGUGAACUUCAGCGAAGCCUUUAUCGCCUGGGUGCACAUCAAGGCGCUGAGAGUGUUCGUGGAGUCCGUGCUCAGAGGUUGGCGCCUUGGUGAUGAGUCCCAGGCUGGCCCUGCUGCCGCGUUGACCAGUGUCCUGAGACAGCUGUGCGACGUAUGGACUCCCGGUGAAUUUUCAGGCUGUGCUCCUCCAGCCUCAAAAGAAGUCGUCCACCAAGCGUUUGCGAGAGGUUCUGAACUCCGUCUUCAAACACCUGGACGAAGUGGCAGCUGCCAGCAUGUUGGAUGCAGCUAUGGAUAUCCCUGGGUUGCAACUCAAUAACCAAGACUACUUUCCUUACGUCUACUUCCGCAUCGACCUCAGUCUUCUCGACUAGCACGCCGAGCGGGCGCCGCUCAGCUCCUGUCAUGCGGACGACAUGACGGACGCUCCUUUCCCUCCGCAGAAGUUCGUCUCCUACAGGACUUAGAUUUUCAGAGAAAUGGCUCACAGAAGUUGCUCACUGUUGUAUUUAUUUUUUGUAAGUUACAAUAAAGAAGUGCUCAGUCCUUCCAAUGGGCUCUUCACUUACAUC